GAACCUUGAAAAGGUAUAAAUUCUAUACUUUUUCAGUAUACCCUUUAUGUAAAGAUGAAAUAAAAAAACCAACUUCCAUCAGUAUCUACUUCCAUGAAAGUGGACGUCUCAUCAGCACCUGGGGAAGCGUGACUGGAAGUUAACCAGAGUUGGAACAGUGACCGGAUUGGACCACGUGACACACAUUUGGAUUGAGGGGAAGGAACUUUAACUUUACUUUGGGUGGGGAAAACGUGGGGCUUUCAGAUUCAGGUUUUCCCCAGAUGUGCCAAUAUGACAUCUCUAAUAAAUCGAUACUUUGAGGAAGAUGCAUUCCUUGGAGUUUUUAUUCUAUUGGGGGUGUUACUUGGAAUUCUGACAGGUCCUGGGUUGAUAUGGAGUAAAUUCAUAACAGCUUUAGCUAAGAACUUGCGUAUAUUUUUCAGCAAAAAAUAUUUUUCCUAUUUUAUAAGGGAUUAAAAAAUAAAAAGGAAGUCUAAACUUGCUUACCUCUGAAAAUAGUGGAGGAUCACUAGGCAAUCAAAGCUUUCAUAGGCGGACUUCCGGUUAUAUAUAUGUAUGUGUGUGUAUAUAUAUGUAUGUACGUACGUACAUACAUACAUACAUACAUACAUACAUACAUA